AAAGUGUACAGUUCAAAAAUGAGUUUAUGCUAAAGCCUGGACCCCUACUCCCACCCCCACCCCUCCCAACCCAACAGAAAGACACAAACUCCACAGCUUCUGAUUAUCCUUAUCUUUCUCGGGAAAGAUUCAUUCUUCAUGAACGCAGCAUACAACUCUCCAAAUUUCAAACCAUUUGCUUGUGUUGCGUUCCUAAGGAGACAAGUCAUCAUAUCGAGCCAAUAUUGUUAAAUCUUUUGACACAAAGUCAUGGAAAGACAAAAUCAGAAGAUAAGAGAGAAAGAUGAAGAGAAGCAGCAUCCAGAGCCAUGUGCAGCAGCAGCAGCCUCACCACCUUCAGCUUCUUCAUCUCCCGAAUUCUCCUUCUCCAUUUCUGUCCAUCCAUCCACCGCGAAAAUCCCACCUGGUAAAAAUAAAUCAACCCUUCCUUCAUUUGCUGUAGAUUUAUCUCCAGCAGAUGAUAUAUUCUUUCAUGGCCAUUUACUUCCUCUUCAUCUCCUUUCCAACCUUCCUGUCUCUCCUCGCUCUUCCACCAAUUCGAUGGAUAGAUUUACGCUACCCAUAAAAGAACUAAGCAAAGAAGAUGAGAGGAUUGAUCACCACAACUUUGAUCAAAGCAUUGGAUUCGAAGCAAAAGGGAGAGAAAAGUCGAAGUCUUUCUCUUUAUUUGGUCUACCAAAAUGGCGAAAAGGUUGUGAAAAUAGAGAAAAAGAAGAGAAGAAGACGACUAAAUUGAAGUUCGAGCUAAGUCAUGUGGUGAAAAGGUACCUGAGAAUGGUUAGGCCAUUGUUUUUAUUCAGAAACAGAAGAGGAAAUACUGAAUUUGGGAGGCAGCCUUAUUCACUCUCGGGGAAUUUAAUGUUUAAAAACAAGAAAGAAUUGAGAGGAAAGAGAGGUGAAUUUUCGGCGCCGGCUUCAAUGAGGACAUCUCCAACAAAUAGUGGUCUUUUAGUGGCUACUGGCAGUCUUACUCCAACUAGUACUAGUGACAGCACCAUGGAAGAAUUGCAGGCAGCAAUUCAAGCUGCAAUUGCUCAUUGCAAAAAGUCCAUAGCAAUGGAAGAUAAAUUGAAUUCCCCAUGAAAAGGUUUGAUGAUCAAAAUCUUUAUUAUAUGAUAUAUUUUUUGUUCAUAUUUGGCUUGGAUAUAAACAUAUUUAUCUGCAUAGAUAUUAUAUGUAUGGAAGAUAGAUGUUGUAUGUAAUACAUAUAAGUCAAGUCUACAUUUAUAGUUCAUGGAAGAGCUACAAAAUUCAAUUC